AUGUUGCAGCAGAGAGAUCUUCAUGGUGUUGAGCAGUGUGCAGCCUGGGGCUGGCUGGGCAGCAGCUCUGUAGGAAAGGACCUGGGCUUCUUGUGGGUAAUAAAUGUGUUAGCAGUGCCCCUUUGCAGCAAUGAGGGCAAACUGGGCUGCAUGGUCAAUGAAUGGUCCUUGAAGAUAAGGAAAGAAAUGAGAGUGAUUGAUAGACAAAUCAGAGAUAUCCAGAGAGAAGAGGAGAAGGUGAAGCGGUCAAUAAAGGAUGCUGCCAAAAAGGGUCAGAAGGACGUGUGUGUGAUCUUGGCAAAGGAACUGAUCCGCUCUCGCAGGGCCGUAAGCAAACUCUAUGCAUCCAAAGCUCACAUGAACUCGGUUCUCAUGGGGAUGAAGAACCAGCUUGCUGUCCUGAGAGUAGCAGGUUCAUUGCAGAAGAGCACGGAAGUGAUGAAAGCCAUGCAAAAUCUAGUGAAAAUCCCUGAAAUCCAAGCAACGAUGAGGGAGUUGUCCAAGGAGAUGAUGAAGGCCGGUAUUAUAGAGGAAAUGCUGGAGGACACCUUUGAAGGCCUGGAGGACCAAGAGGAAAUGGAAGAGGAAGCAGAGAUGGAAAUUGAUAAAAUCCUUUUUGAAAUUACAGCUGGGGCCUUGGGUAAAGCACCGAGUAAAGUCACAGAUGCUCUUCCAGAGCCCGAACCCAUGGGAGCGGCCGCUGCUGUCGACGAGGAGGAAGACAUUGAAGCGAUGCAGUCGCGAUUAGCGACUCUCCGCAGCUAAGGAGGGCACGAAUGUGUACAGUUUGCCUUGUUUC